GAGAAGGAAUCUGGCAGGAAUUUGGCAGGAGGAGGACAGGAAGCAAGGCAGCGGCUGACUCACAGCUUUUGCCUUUUUAGGCUCGAACCAUCUCACUGUGGGCUGAGAUGGGGGUUCACGUAACAGGCAAGCUGGCCGGCCGCCUCCCCCGCCAUGGCUCCUGGCACUGGUGGCCUUGCCCUACAGAGCGGCCUUUCCUGCCCACCUUCCUAUCUGUUCCCUAGUCCUCCUCUUCCCCUGAAGCUUUCCGGUGUAUGCGUGGGGUGGGGUGGGGUGGGGGCACCCUGAGACAGCUUACCAUUCAGAGCCCGGGCCUGGGGCACAGGCUUUGACACAUGUGUGGGACAAGCUACAGAAUUCUGACAAGUCCCCAGUGCAAAUGGGGAGUGGGGUAGGGUAGAACAGUGUGUCUCCGCAGGCAGGCCUGUGUCAGUCUGGGAAGGAGAAGGCUCACACCCCAAAAAAGCGGUCAGGAAGUGUGCCGAGUGAGGGGGGAGGUGCAGAGCCUGGCAGCUGGCAGCAGGACGGCAGGAAGAUGGAAACGUGGUCUGCAGUGGUGGUCCUUUAUUUGUUUAUUUAUUUUUUUAUAUUUAUUUAUUUUCCCUUUUGUUGCCCUUGUUGUUUUUUAUUGUUGUAGUCAUUAUUGUUGUUGGUGUCAUCAUUGUUGGAUAGGACAGAGAGAAAUGGAGAGAGGAGGGGAAGACAGACAGCGAGAGAGAAAGACCUGCUUCACCGCCUGUGAAGUGACUCCCUUGCUCGUGGGGAGCCGGGGCUCGAACCAGGAUCCUUACACCGGUCCUGGUGCUUAACCUGCUGCGCUGAAGCCCCACUCCCUAUUUGUUUAUUUGUAAAGAUUUUUUAUUUUUCCUUUUUUGUUUUGUUGUACCAGAGCCCUGCUCAGUUCUGGCUUAUUGUCGUGCAGGAGAAAUGAACCUGGGACCUAGCAGCCUCAGGCAGGAGAGUCUGUUUGCAUAACCACUAUGCUACAUCCCCGCCUUUGGUGGUCCAUUUUAUGCGGGUAAGGCCUCAAGGGGCUGCUCACUAGGCUGUAAGGUCAGACACUGAUGGCUGGACCAGAAAGGGAGAAUGGUAUGUUUCUUUUUUCUUUUCUUUUCUUUCGUUCUUCCUCCUCCUCCUCAUUCUCCUCCUUCUUCUCCUUCUCCUUCUUCUCCUUCUCCUCCUUCUUCUCCUCCUUCUUCUUCUCCUCCUUCUCCUUCUCCUUCUUCUCCUCCUUCUUCUCCUCCUUCUUCUCCUCCUUCUUCUCCUCCUUCUCCUUCUCCUUCUUGGCACUUCUGUGACGGCGGACGUGUUCCUUCCUUGGUAGACCUGACAUCAGAGAACCACAGGAGAAUGAUGUGGCCUCCGAGGGAAACCUCUCCUCCUCCUUCCUCGGCAUCUUCUCUCUCAUCGUCUCCAUCCUCCUCAGUCACCGUCCUAGAUGACAUACCGGAUGUUUCCUCUCAGCCUCAGGACUCAAGAGGUCAUUUCAGUCCUGCCAUUCCUACCUGUCAGAGGCAGGCCGGAGCCCAGGGGGUGCCCAGGGAAGUACCCUGGUACCUACCCCAUGGCCGAGUGCUGGAGGAGCUAGCACUCUGCUCCAUGGAUCCUGAGUGCGAUAGCCCAGCAGGGCCCAGGCCGCCCGGCCCCAUGGAGGUGGCUUCUCCUGGGAGUCAGGAAGCACAGGCCUCUCCGGGGUGUUCCCAGAGUAUCCACAGAGCCUCACGGCCCACUGCAGCGGACAGGUGCUUGCCAGGCCCAGAGCUGUCUCCCAGGACCCACGAGGCACAGGGUGCAGGAGAACGGAGCCCUGGGUUUAGGAGAGGAGGAGGUGGAGUGGCACCAGCACAGGGCAAGAAGAUGGGUUUAAAGAAAUUAGAACUCACUCCAGAGGUGAAGGCCAGUCUGCUGGAUUGGAAUGACCCUGCCGCUGAACAGUCGGCGCCCUUGGGGAAAGGUGGGGAGCCUGGCAGAGGAGGGAGAGGAGGAGGAGGAGGCCGCACGCAGAGACCUGGGCCCCUGCAGAUUCCUCCGACAUCACCAGCACAGAGAGAUGCCCCCCAGGAGAAAACAAGGACCCCUGGGGAACCCGGCCCAGGGGAGUGCAGCAGUGGGGCUCCACCCAAGUCUCCCCUGCGGCUCUUAGCAAAUGUCUUCAAGAAGUCCUUCUUCAGCUCCGAGGGCAGGGGGAAGAAGGCACCCACACGCUCAUUCAGCCUUCGAAGCAGCAGCUCCAGUAAAGACUGGGAUCCUCACGCCCCCUGGAAAGACGCAGCCAGCCGGGCCUCAGCCUUCCUCUCCAGGGGUGUUACCAGGGCUACCCAGUCCUCGAACCCGAGCCCGUGUGAUGCUGGUCUCCGCACCCACAGCCUGCCCAACAAGUCCUCCAAGAUGCCCCCAGCCAGCAACAGCAGCAGGAUGAUGGACGUCCCCACACUCCUGGAGAAAGUGAGUCUGCAAGAGACGGUGUCAGAGGUUUCCAGGGCUCCCAAGAAAAGGGUCCCGCUCCUUUCCUCCUUGGAACACAAAGAC